CGGAAUGAGGCGCGGGCGGGGGCCGAGUGCGCGAGCGCCCGCUCAGUGUGUCGGCGCGCGUCGCCGCCGACAUGGGCAACCAUUCUUCCUCCCACGCCGCGCACAAGACCAGGAAGAACGUCCACUGGAAGUCAGCAGGACGGCCGACGGCGCCAGGUAAACCUGACAUUAUUCCACUUCAUUCGGAUGAUGAGCCCAACGCGAUAACAUUAAAGUGGGCGCCACCCGCCCAUGAUGGUGGCGCACCGUUGCGCGGUUACCAAGUGGAAUGUAACCGGCUUGGGUCGAUAGACUGGGUGCGCACCGCCCCGCCCGUCGUGCUACGCCCCGAGCUGCUGCUCACGGGACUUGAGCCUCCGCAUCGCUACCAAUUUAGAGUAGCAGCAAUAAACGCCGUAGGUCGCUCCGAAUACAGCGAACUCUCCGAUGUUCUCACAGUUAAUUCCGAUAGCCCGGUUCAACAUCCCCCGAUAUUCCACCAACACAUAGAAAACGUCACCGCACUCGAAAAUGAUAAAACGGAAUUCCGAGUAACUUUCUCAGGGUCACCGCCCCCGACGAUAGCGUGGUUCAAAGAUGAUUACGAAAUAUUUAGCAGCAGACGAACGACAAUAUCUACAAAUGAAUCAUCGAGCGUGCUUGUUUUUUAUCAGACUCUAUCUAGUGACGAAGGAGAAAUCAAAUGCACAGCAACAAACCGUGCUGGGCAUGCGGUGAGCAAAGCUAGACUAUCUCUGGAAGCUGCUCCAAAGCUACGUUAUCCACGCCAAUAUGAAGAUGGCCUUCUAUACGAAAUAAACGAAACAGUGUUUCUCAAAACAACCAUCGUUGGGAAACCUACCCCGGCAGUAGAAUGGCGUCACGACGGGCAGCCUUUAAUCGUUGACGAUCGUGUGCAAAUAACAAAUACACCAAAGUUUUCUAUGUUGAAAAUAAUUUCGGCACGUCGAAGUGACCGCGGCGAGUACCAGAUUCAUGCGAAGAAUAAUAUCGGUGAAGAUACGGCUGCAUUUCUCGUGACCGUGACGGCGCCUCCGGACGCUCCUACGAAUGUUCUAGUAACACGACAAGUUGAUAAGUCCGUGACUUUGGAUUGGAAGCCACCUGCCGACGACGGAGGUUGUCGUAUCGGAAACUACGUAGUCGAAUACUAUCGUAGUGGUUGGAACGUGUGGUUGAAGGCGACUACGAGCCGUAAGACAAACGUCACACUGUUUGAUCUCAUCGAAGGCAGUGAGUAUAGGUUUCGUGUGAAGGCCGAAAGUCCAUAUGGAAUGAGCGCACCCAGUAAAGAAUCGGCACCAGUGAAAAUUCCCGGUCGGUCGGUCGAUAUGGAAUUCUUAGCUGUAGAAUCGCGAAUUAUAAGCGAAGCACUAACCCAAGAGGGAGGCGAGGAGUUGCCUGUGUCGCCGGCGCCGAGACGUAAACGAGCCGCUGCCUCUGCAGCGCAGGUACCAGGUGCGGCCGCCUCCUCGCCAGCGCCUCUUAGAAAACAAAAGCGAGUCUCGGUUCCUAACGAAGCCACAAGCAACGAGUUCAUGUUGGUGCUGUAUCCUGACAGCAACAAGUCAAACGAGAAAGCCGAAAAAAGGAAGUCGUUUCAAUUAGAUUUAGAAGACUCGCUAUCACCUCCACCGAUAUCAUUGUCGGCUCCAGAGCUAAGUUCACGAUGUGCGAUGCCUUUCAAACCCCUUCGGAACGCUGUCAGUUCAACGGAAUUACUUCACGAGCGCGCUAUGGCCCGAUUUUAUAAAGCGGUAGCUUUGAAGGAGCAACAAAACAAACAAUUAGAUGAAAAAUCACUUUCAAUUGAACAAAAUCACAUUCCGUACACCAACAGCAUCGAUGAAACCGAUAUCAUCGUCGAAGAGACAACAAGAGAUACGACUAAAAAUAAAUUAAAAACACUCGAAGUUUUAGAUAAAUCUGAAUCACUUGACAGCGAGGAUAUAAAAUUCAGUCCAACGCCACGCCAGGAUUCUAUUAGUUCAGAUAAAUGGCAACAUAUGUCGUUUGACGAAGAUUAUACCGCAAGUACUGUGUCGACGGAUGGAGACUAUACAGAUGAAGAAGAUAAUAGUCUCAACGAAGAGUUGAAAAGGGAAGGUCAAUUAAUGAAAGAAGAAGAAACCUACAACCCAAGAAACAAAAUUACACGUCCUUCGUCUACGGUUAGUGAACCCAUAGAAGAGGAAGAGGAACCUGAAACUGAAAAUUUAAAACCAUUAUCAUUACCGGAUCCUAAUUUCAUUCCGAAACCAAUAUUGAAAAAAAGAGAAAGUGGCGCAGUAAAUAUUAAAACAGUAGAUAUUGAAACUAAAACUAUUAAAGAAGAUAAGUUUAUGCCAAAUAAACAAAAGAAAGAUGACAAAAUAAAUUUAUUCAGUAAAAUCUCCAAGCAAAAACCUUUUAGAUUUCCUAAAAUGCUAAGCAAAAAACAAAUUGACCAACCUUCACUACAAAAUGCACAAGUAAAGGAAGAAAAGUUAAAAGUAAAAUCGGUUGCCGAUAAGCUUAGCGACGAAGGUAAAACGGUUAUCGAUUAUUAUGGUAAUAUUGUAAAAGAGUAUGGUAGUCAUAAAAAGACAAGUACGCCUCUCUACCUUAGCACAGACGAUCUGAAACAAGUAGCAGAGAAACAAACGAAGGAAGAUAUUAAGAAACAUGAUAUCAUUCCGAAAAAGAAAAAGGUCGUUAAAAAACUUUCGGAAAAUAACGUCAAUUCAAUAAAAAUGAUAAGUCCAAAAUCAUCCGGCAAACAACAACAACACCAAACAAAACAAGAUAAGAUGGAAAGACAAAAGAUAAUUACUGAUAACAAAGAAAAGUUCAAUUCUACUAUUACACAACAUAUAACUGAAAAGCCCCAAUCUAAUGAGACACGUGUUCUUCUUAAAACGACUGAACGAGCAACUGUCGUCAUACCUAUAAAUUAUAAAAUAAUGGAAGAAAGAGCUAAAGCCAACGUUAGGUCAGCUAUUGAUUACACGGUCGACGUUUGUUUAUUGCUAUUAGCUUUCUGGGUAUAUUUCUUUAAAGAUGAAAGAUUAGCAAUUCCUUUAUUAAUACUCAUUAUAUAUCGUCAAGUACAAGAGACUAUCUUGCAGAAUAUUCCCGAAUGGAUCAACCUUUACAUGCCGCAGUGGAUGAAAAAGAAGACUUCUUGACGAUUUUCAAAAGACAAAGUGAGAAUAUU